UGCUGUAAGCACUGAGGAGUCUAAAGUAGGCGUGCGAGCGUGGAGCGGAUUAAACGGGCUUGGGGAUGGAUGGACAUAGUUUCUGCAAUCAGUUUUAAGUAUCAGAAACGUCCAUCUAUAACUGUCACUUUCUUCAAAUAUAUGACAUUUUACAAUAAUGUCAUCGGGACGUGAGUCUGGUAGCGACAGUGAUUCUGGUUCAGAAGAGCAUUGGUGUGAAGGAGAAAAAUGCAUUGCUCCCUACUCUGACCAGGGUACUCUCUGUGAAGCAGAAAUUAAGCAGUUGUUUCCUAAAGAAGGCACUGCCCUUGUAAAGUUUCCUUGUUUACGAGAAAGAAAUGUGUCUAUCAAACAACUGUCCAAAAUCAAAGACUACCAGGGUGAGAGAAGGUUUUUACUUGACGUUGAAAACGAGGAGAAACCGUUUUUCCAUGAUAAAAAUCUACCAAGCCCUGCAGUCCCUUAUAAGUUAUCUGAAAAUGGUCCAAGUAUUCCAUAUACCAUCAACAGAUACCUCAGAGACUAUCAACGUGAAGGAGUCAUGUUUAUUUACAACCAUUAUAUUCAAGGAAAAGGCUGCAUACUUGGUGAUGAUAUGGGACUUGGCAAAACAAUACAGGUAAUUUCCUUCCUGGCAGCAGCACUACAGAAAAAGGGCACCCGGAAAGACAUAGAAAACUUUGUCCCUGAAUUUUUAUUGACACAGAGACCUGAAUCAGGCUGUGAAAACAAAAAGCUUUUUUUAAUUGUUGCACCUCUCUCCGUCCUCUAUAACUGGAAAGAUGAAUUUGAUACUUGGGGAUACUUCAAAGGAACCAUCUUACAUGGAAACAAGAAAGAAGAAGAGUUUGCCCGAGUUAAAAGAGGAAAAUUUGAAUAUGCUUUAACUACAUAUGAAACUCUUCGCCUUUAUCUUGACGAUUUCAACAGAAUAGAAUGGUCUGCUGUAAUUGUUGAUGAAGUUCACAGAAUAAAAAAUCCAAACUCACAGAUUACCGUGGCAAUGAAGGCUUUACAAUGCAAAAUUCGAAUUGGAUUAACUGGAACAAUUCUUCAAAAUAAUAUGGAAGAAUUGUGGUGUGUAGUGGACUGGGCAGUUCCUGGAUGUUUAGGAAGCCUGAACUGGUUCAAGUCUAACUUUUCUGAUCCAGUAGAGAAUGGGCAAAGGCACAACGUGAGUAAACGAGGGCUGGCAUUGGGAAGAAGAGCUGUUUACAAACUAGCAAAAAAACUUUCUUGCUGGUUCCUGAGACGAACCAAGUCUCUUAUAAGCAGUCAGUUACCAAAGAAAGAUGACAAAGUAGUUUAUUGUGCAUUGACAGAGUUUCAGCAAGCAGUCUAUAAAGCAGUCUUGGACUGUGAAGAUGUUAGUUUGGUGCUGCGUAGCUGGGACCCCUGCAGCUGUAAUAGUGGGCGUCAAAGGAAGAAGUGCUGCUUUAAGACAAAUAAAGAUGGCAUCCCAGUGCAUACCUUAUAUUUGAGCUACCUUACUGUUCUGAGAAAAGUCGCUAACCAUGUGGCCUUGCUUCAGCCAAAGGAAGGUAUAAGUAAGAUGCAGGUGAAAUAUAUAAAAGAAGUCUGUAUGCAAGUGUUCAGCACGUUUCCAGAAUUUAUACAACAGAGUGACCAUUCAGCCUUUGAAAUUAUUUCUGAUCCUAAGUACAGUGGGAAAAUGAAGGUUUUAAAACAUUUGUUAGAACGCUGCAUCAGAAACAAAGACAAACUGCUCCUUUUUUCAUUUUCUACAAUGCUUCUAGAUGUGAUAGAGCGAUUCUGUAUGGCAGAAGGCAUUGAAUACCGAAGGCUAGAUGGCAACACAAAAUCAAAAGAAAGAAUCGCCUUGGUCAAAGAGUUUAAUACCUCCCGUGAUAUUAACAUUUGCCUUGUGUCAACAAUGGCUGGUGGAUUAGGCCUUAAUUUUGUUGGUGCAAAUAUUGUGGUAUUGUUUGAUCCAACAUGGAAUCCAGCUAGUGAUCUCCAGGCAAUUGACAGAGCUUAUCGAAUUGGUCAGUGCAGAGAUGUGAAAGUCUUUCGAUUGAUUUCACUGGGCACAGUUGAAGAAAUAAUCUAUCUUCGUCAGGUAUACAAGCAGCAGCUGCAAUGUGCAGUUAUUGGGAGGGAAAAUGCGAAACGGUAUUUUGAUGCAGUUCAGGGAUCAGAUGACCAUCGAGGAGAAUUAUUUGGCAUUAAGAACCUUUUUCAGUUCAGUACCAGUGGAACCUGUCUAACUAGAAACAUUUUACAGAGAGAUGGCCAAGUGGAAGCAGGAAUAUUAACAGCUGUCACACAAAUGAGAGAUGAAAGUCUAGCACAGGGGCAGAAGACAACAUCAGCGCUGGAAGACAAUCCUGAAAGAAGACAGUGUGCUCAAAAGGCUACAAAUAACUUUCCAAAAGAAAUACUAGAUUUCAGCAGUGACAGUGAAGAAGAGCAAAAGGGAAGUAAAUACAGAACUGAAAAGAAUGAAACCUCUGGUCUUUUGAGUCUGAUUCAGUGUGGCCUUUCAGAGUUUCUUGAUGCAAAAAUAGCGCUGGAAUAUUCUUAUAAAGAGGACAAUGAAAGUUCUGAGACCCAGUCAUCUUCUGAAAAUAAUAUACUGCCAACAGAUAAAAAGAAAAAAAUUACAGGACAGAGUUCUGAUCUAAACCUGAAGCCAGUUAACAUGAUACAAUCUGCAAAUCACAGACCUAAAAGUAUAAAGAAUUACAGUUGUGUAGACUGUGAAGAAAGCCAUAGUAGUCCUUCUAAGGCAAGCUCUGUUAGUUCAAGGACAAAUUUUAACACAAACAGAAAGAGAAAAAAUAAAACAUGCAGGAAAUUAACUUCUGAAUUAACUGAAAAAAUUAAAAAUGAGGCAAAAAUUAAAUUGUCCUCACGUGGGCAUCCUGGCUUACUAUCUUGCAAACCAAGAAAACACAAAAGCACCGUUGAUACCCUCCAACAUUUAAAUAAAAACCUGGAAAUGAAGACUGCAAAAAUGUGCAACAUCACUGAAUCUGAUAGUGGUGAAGAAUCUGAUUAUGUUGCUAUGUCUAAAAAAGAAAAGAUUACCCACAGUAAAGCAAAACUCAGAGAACCAGGAGCCAAACAGUGCAUGUCACUUUCCCAAGAGCCAAAAAGAAAUGUUGCAUUUAAUGUCUGUGAGAAGGGACCUGAAACUGAUUGGCAGAUGAUCAGUUCUUUCUCUUCAGAAGAAGAAGAUAUUUCUGUUAAAAAAGUCCAAUUCUGUAAAGCCAAAAGAAAGCGGAAACAGUGUUACGUAAGUUCCAGGUCAUCAUUUAAGAAUAAGGAAAUAUUUAUACAAAAAGAAGAACAUAAUCAAGCAGCUGAAAAACAGGGAUCAUUGGACAGCUUUUUAGAUGGUGUCCAGGGGGUUGUCUAUACCCAUUCAAAUCAGCACAUUGUUGGAUCAAGCAAAGCAGAGAAUCAGAUGAGUCGCUCAGCCCUGCGGGAUGUAUUUGAAUUGAAUCAGUAUACUCAAAUGCCAGCGAAUCUUGUUCACAGUGAUGCAGAAGAGAAUUUCUCAGAGCAACCUGCUAAGACUCAUACAAAAAAAAACAUAUCACAGGAAAUUACCUCUGGCACAGAACUUGUUCAUCUAGAGCACCCUGUGAUCAAUACUGAGAGAAAAGUUCACAGGUCCGGAAGAACCACCUUUUUAAUUGGAGAAACACCACCGGCAAUCCGUAGGAAGCAUAUAUCUGAGAUGACUGCAUUCUUUAAAAAAUCCUCAGUGAAACAACUAGCAGAACAGAUCUUAACAACCACAUCAGAAUCUCGACAGCAUAUGUUGAAAGAUUUUUAUUGCCAUCACUACCCUGAUAUUGACGACAUAUUGACUGUUAUACCACCAAUGCCACUUACAGACAUUAAACAUGAAUCAUCAGGGCCAAGCACAAGUCAUUCUCCCUGCAAUAAAACUACUCCUCACGUAAAGGACUCAUCUGAACCUGUACAAGGAAUGUCUCUAAAACAUUUUAAAAAUGUAAGUAAAAAUAAUCCUCGAGAUUCAGAGAAAAUAAGUAACAUUCCAAAGGAUUCAGAAGACUUUUCUUGCAUCAUCCCAGAGAAUUUCUUCAGUUGUUAUAAUGAGGAAUCUUUGUCCACUGUUAAAUCAAAAAAUGAUAGCCAUACUCACUUAUUAGCAAAUCCUUCUGAAAAAAAUGAGCCUCUUGAGGUUAGUAAUAGCAGUACAGAAAAUCCUGACUCACAAAAGGAAUUACUUGCAGGCCUAUUAGGUGAUACCUCUGUACUUGAUGAUGUAUUCAAUCCAAAAAUCAGUGUUGAGCCACAAACCUCUUCUGCAUCAAGUCACACAGCAAAAGUUAAGAAAAAGUCAAAAGACUUAUGGGAUAUUUUAAAUGAAGAUGAUGAAGACAGUGUAAAUAUACUAACUGAUAUGUCAGUUGUGGAGAGAAUUUGUGAAGACAGGAAUAUAGCUUCAAAAGUGAGAAAAGAUAGCCAGUCCCCAAUAGACCUGUGGAAGAAAAAUGAAAAUUUUAUAUGGAAAAUGUGAUGUUUUUAUUGCUAAUAGUUUUAUUUAUUUUGAAAAUAUUGUGACUGUAAUUGCCAAAAACAGAAAGGAAAAUGAAGCAUCACCUUUCUUUUCUAAGUUUUACACAAAGUAAGGAUCAUAUUAUUAAAUGGGUUGUAUUUCUUUCUCACACACUCUUUUUUUACUUUUUUCUUAGAAACCAUUAAUAUAUGUGCAGUCUAUGUUAUUUAAAUAGAUGUGCAAUUUAUGUUAUAAUGUGACAUGUUAACUUAUGUACUGUAUAUCCUCCAUAGUCCUCUAAUGUUUUGAGAGACUGGGUACAUUUUUUAAAUGUAAUGUAUUGCAGUUAAACAGACACUGUAGAAAGAAGUGGUCAAGUUUGGUCAUGGAGAGCAGAUGUUGUAGGAUUUUGUUUUUAUCAAAUGUCUUAUGCAGAACACAUUUCUUGCUGCUGGAGCUAUUGCUUCUCAAGUAGCAUUUAUGUUAUUUAUUUUAGUAAGAUCGUUUGAAGAUUCUCAACGCUUAAUUGAUUCUUGAAUAGCUGGAUUCUGUUUUGAAUGUCUUGUUGCCUGAACAAAUUGCCAGUUAACUAUGACAUACAGAUGAUAAAGCAGCUAGCAGAUUACCAUCUAACUUGGUCCCAUUUGCAUGUGCACAUGCGUCAAGAAUUAUCUGUAGAUAGUACUAUCUGACUACCUGUAAAUAAAAUUCAUGGAGAGAAAUGGAUGAGAAAAAGGGUAAGACUGACAAUUUCUGAUCUGUUCUGGGCUACAGAACAUUUGGAUAAAAGUAAAAAUAUGCACAAUAGAAAAAUUACCUGGUGGCAGAUUGAAGACACUAACAAGCCAUAAAAUUAAAUAUCUUAUUAGCAAGGAUUGGCUUCUAAUUAAAGAGAGUGUAGCAAAAGCCUGCAGUGACUAUGGACCUCCAGGACUGAAUGUGAGAACCUUUGCUUUAGGACAAGAAGUUCCUGCUUAAACUAUAAAUAGAUAAUGUCUUUAUGUAGUUUGGAUUCCUUCUGUAAACAAUUGCAUCAGUGAGGCAUUAGCUAAAGAAAACUGAUUAUGUGAAUGGCCAUUACAGACUUUUGUUUGGGAUGAUGGGAAUGUUAUAUUCAUUGCAGCAAAUCACACUGUUAUCUCUUCUUCUGCAUUAAGACUGCACAGUAAUUGAUUAAUACUGUAUGUACAUGCCCUUUAUAUAUAAAACUCAUUCCAUACUUGCUGUACGUACUGUAUAUAUUUGUAAAUGCAGCACAAAAUGGGAUUAUCACGAUUCAUGUUUAAAGAAUUUAGUAAUAUUUAAUGCAUAAUUCUGAACGAGUGAUACCUAUUUAAAAAAAAAAAUGCUGUUAAAACUGCAGAGGUGAACUUGCUAUGCAUCGCUAGGUAAGACUACAGAACAAUGACAGCAUUAUUGGAAAAAAAUAUUAAAACAAUUUAGUGGGGCCAAACAUACUGAUGUUAUAAAUUUAUUUUUUUAAUUCUUAGCAAAUGUAUAUACAGUAUAUUUGUAUAAUGAGUUGUAUUACAUUUGGUGUCAAAUUCAUCCACUUGCUGUAUAAUCAAGAAAAGCUGAAACAUUUUUUAUCAUAAAAAAAGCUUGGCAUAACUUUUUACUUUAGUCAGUAAAAUCUUUUAACAGUUCAAAAUCUGCGAGAUUUUGAGCACUAACACUGUGAAUGUUUUGUUUUUAUACUGUGUUAUGUGGCAGAAAUGUAUUUUUAAUUUGUAAUUAUUUAUUAAAUUAAUAUUUAUU